GGAACAACCGGUUGCCGCACCGCACGUCAAUACGCACGGCUUGGCGCACACAGUGCAUCCACAAUCCGGUCUCAGCGCGCUGAGACUUUAUCAAGCGAACUGUCAAAACCUUGUCAAGGCCUCGUUACCGUCCGUUCCGGCGUGCCUCGCCUGUAAGCUAUACAAAAGUCAUCUAUCAGAUCCGAGUAAGGAUAGGCGCUCAUUUCGAGGCGGCCAGUUAAAUACGGACAUCAGGGGACGCGGCCUGCAACGACUCGGUGGUUUCGUCCCAAGCCUGUCCUCAAGGUCGUCCCAGGCCCCUCCUCUUGCCCCGCGGAGCUUCUCUAUCCAGGAUUUCGAACCUACCUGAAAAAUGCAUUGGCUUCCGCUCUUCCGUCUGGUUACCCUGGGGGCAUCCGCCGUGUUCGCGAUCAUCGUCCUCGGACUGUGCGCGCACAUCCUGAACGUGACGCUGAGCUUCACCGGCCUCUAUUUCGUGUUCGCCGCGCUCGGCGUCGCGACGGCCUUGCUCACUGUCAUAACCGUCGUGCCGAUGCUCAUCAUCGAGGUUUUGCGCAAGGGCGCGUUCACCUCUUUCGUCGUCGUCGAGGCUGUGUGGCUUUCGAUUCUUUGGAUCCUCUGGCUCGCGACCGGAGCCGAGACAGCGAAUACGUCUAGCCUGGUCGGCUUUAGCCAGGGCAGCUGCUCGGAUUGGGAUCCUAUCGACGCGCGGGCUUGCAGGGAGUUCGCGGGCGUGGAGGCGUUCUCCUUCCUCAGCUGGAUAUUACUCAUGGCUUACACCAUCACCAUCGUCGUCGAGGGCUUCCUGCUCGCGUCUCGGGGGAAGACGUGGACAGCGUCCGUCGCGGAGCUCGGUGUCCUCGCUAGCACCGCGCCCACCACGACCGCCGCCGAAAACACCACGACAACCUACCCGAUGCAGCAGCAGCCGCAGACGUAUCCCGUACAGCCUCAGCAACAGCAGCAGCAGCAGGCGUACCCACAGCAAGGAUACGCGCCGCAGGGGUACCCCCAGCAGGGCUACGCCGCCAGCCCGGCGCCCACCGGGACGACGACGAUCAGCUCCGGCGUGCAGUAUACCGGCGGUGCACCUCAGCAGGGACAUUACCCGCAAGUCUGAGUUUGGUGCAUACGCGUGCAUGGGCUGGGUGUCGCGUUACCCUAUGGGUUGAUGAACCUUUCAUGUCUGACGCAUCGUCUCGAAAGUCUAGUAUCUUCUGUACCAGGUAGC